AUGAUGCAGAGUGGGCGACUUGGCAUGAUGCAGCCGCCUGUGAUCCUGCUCAAGGAGGGCACGGAUACGUCGCAGGGCAAGGGACAGCUGCUGUCGAAUAUUGGUGCAUGUCUUUCGGUGGUGUCGUGUGUGGCGUCGACGCUAGGUCCGCGGGGUAUGGACAAGAUGAUCGUGAAUGAGCGUGGCGAGGCGACGAUCUCGAAUGACGGUGCGACCAUUCUCAAGCUGCUGGACAUUGUGCAUCCGGCUGCUCGUACGCUGGUGGAUAUCGCGCGCGCGCAGGAUGCCGAGGUUGGUGAUGGCACGACGUCGGUCGUGCUGCUGACGGGCGAGAUUCUCAAGCAGUGCCGGCCGUUUAUUGAGGAUGGCGUGAGCCCGUACGUGGUAGCUCGCGGUAUUGUAGCUGCGUCGCAGCUGUGCAUAGAGCAUGUGCGUCAGCUCGCCGUGCGCAUUGACAAGACGAAUGAGUCGGAGUUUUAUGGACUGUUGCUCAAGUGUGCCGGCACGGCCAUGUCGUCCAAGCUGAUUGUGUCGCAGCGUCCCUUUUUUGCGCAGAUGGCUGUGGAUGCGAUCUUGUCGCUGGACCGUGAAGAUCUCAACCACAAGUUGAUCGGGAUCAAAAAGGUGCCUGGUGGCGCUAUGCAAGACUCGAUGUUGAUUCGGGGUGUGGCGUUCAAAAAGACGUUUUCGUACGCGGGCUUUGAGCAGCAGCCGAAAAAGUUUGUGCACCCGAAGGUGCUGUGCCUGAAUGUGGAAUUGGAGCUGAAGGCGGAGAAGGACAAUGCGGAAGUGCGUGUGCAGCAGGUGUCGGAGUACCAGGCGAUUGUCGAUGCGGAGUGGUCGAUUAUCUACCGCAAGCUCGAGGCGAUCGUGCAGACGGGUGCGAAGGUGGUGCUGUCGAAGCUGCCGAUUGGCGACUUGGCGACGCAGUACUUUGCUGACCGGGAUAUCUUUUGUGCGGGACGUGUGCCGGCGGAUGAUUUGCAGCGGGUCGUGCAGGCGGUGGGCGGCUCGAUCCAGUCGACGGUGUCGGACCUGGACCCGGCGCGCCAUCUGGGCACGUGUGGCCUGUUUGAAGAGUGCCAGGUGGGUGGAGAGCGCUUCAACCUGUUUACCGAGUGUGAGGGUGCGAAGAGUGCGACGGUGAUUUUGCGGGGUGGGGCGGAGCAGAUGAUGGCGGAGAUUGAGCGCAGUUUCCACGAUGCGAUUAUGAUUGUGAAGCGUGCGAUCCAGAACCAUGAUGUCGUGGCGGGCGGUGGUGCGAUUGAGAUGGAGCUGUCGAAGAUGCUGCGGGCUCAUGCGCGGACGAUCCAGGGCAAGCAGCAGAUGAUCCUGUCGGCGUACGCCAAGGCGCUCGAAAUUGUCCCGCGGCAGCUGGCGGACAAUGCGGGCUUUGACGCGACGGAUCUGCUGAACCAGCUGCGCAUGCAGCAUGCGAACGGCCAUGUAUGGGACGGCAUUGACAUUGCGUCGGAGGGUGUGUCGAACAACAUGGAGCAGUUUGUGUGGGAGCCGGCGCUGAUCAAGAUCAAUGCGCUCUCGAGCUCUGCCGAGGCUGCGCGACUGAUCCUGAGCAUUGACGAGACGAUCCGUGCGCAGCCGAACGAGCCGGCUGGCGGCGGUCCACCGAUGCCGCCGGGCACCGCGCAGCGUGCGUUGCGGAGCGGCGGCCGAGGCCUGCCGCGUCGUUGA